AUGCUUCGAACAACCAGCCAUUCAUUCCGCCUUCCCCUGCGUUCCUUCCGGGCGCCAGCCAUUUCCUCCUUUACCCAACAACACCGACCAUACCACCUCACCGCGCGCUGCCUUCUACCAUACAAAGACGACCAAGACCGCCAAAGCCUCAACCCACGCCGCUCAGAGGGGACCAAGAGCGCGUCCGACGACGAAGUGGCCGAGAAAUCCGACGCAGCCUUCAACCCGCGCAAGACAUCGCCUGAAGCGGAGCACGAGAGCGCGGGGAAAGAAAGCAACGGGAACCCGCUGGAGGCGAGCGGGGCGAACCAGGAGUUGUCGAGGCCGAAAUCGUCGUCGCAGCAGCGGUCUGGGGAGGAAGGGAAGAAGGAAAAGAGCGGGGGUAGUGGCGGGAAGAAGGCUGGGAAGGUUGCGCCGAUGUGA